UUUAAUUAUUUUAAAUGUAAUUUCUUUUUUCAGGUCAUGGAAAAACUCCAAAAGAUGCUGCUUCUGUUCGAGCUACACAUCCUAUACCUGCAGCCUGUGGCAUAUACUAUUUUGAAGUCAAAAUUGUCAGUAAGGGAAGAGAUGGUUACAUGGGAAUUGGGCUUUCAGCACAGGGUGUGAACAUGAAUAGGUUACCAGGUUGGGAUAAACAUUCAUAUGGUUACCAUGGAGAUGAUGGACAUUCAUUCUGUUCCUCUGGAACCGGACAACCCUAUGGUCCAACGUUUACUACGGGUGAUGUCAUUGGUUGUUGUGUCAACCUUAUCAAUAAUACCUGCUUCUACACAAAGAAUGGACAUAGCUUGGGCAUCGCUUUCACAGAUUUACCGCCAAACUUGUACCCUACAGUAGGGCUUCAAACACCAGGAGAAGUUGUAGAUGCUAAUUUUGGACAACACCCAUUUGUAUUUGAUAUUGAAGACUAUAUGCGAGAAUGGAGAACCAAAAUUCAAGCACAGAUUGACAGAUUUCCAAUAGGAGAUCGGGAAGGAGAAUGGCAAACAAUGAUUCAGAAAAUGGUGUCAUCUUACUUAGUUCACCAUGGAUACUGUGCAACAGCAGAGGCAUUCGCCAGGUCCACAGACCAGACUGUGCUAGAAGAAUUAGCUUCCAUUAAAAAUAGACAAAGAAUUCAGAAAUUGGUUUUAGCAGGAAGAAUGGGAGAAGCCAUUGAAACAACACAACAGUUGUAUCCAAGUUUACUAGAAAGAAAUCCUAAUCUCUUAUUUGCAUUAAAGGUGCGCCAGUUUAUAGAGAUGGUGAAUGGUACAGACAGUGAAGUGCGGUGUUUGGGAGGCCACAGUCCAAAAUCUCAAGAUAGUUACCCUGUUAGCCCACGAUCAUUUAGUAGUCCUAGCAUGAGCCCUAGCCAUGGAAUGAACAUUCACAAUUUGGCAACAGGCAAAGGGAGUAGCACACACUUUUCUGGGUUUGAAAGUAGUUGCAGUAAUGGAGUAAUAUCAAAUAAAGCGCAUCAAUCGUACUGUCACAGUAAACAUACGACCACCAGCUUGAAUGUACCAGAGCUCAACAACAUAAAUGUGUCAAGAUCACAGCAGGUUAACAGCUAUUCCAGCAAUGAUGUAGACAUGGAAACAGAUCACUACUCCAAUGGGGUUGCUGAGACUUCAUCCAAUGGCUUCCUAAAUGGUAGUUCUAAACAUGAUCACGAAAUGGAAGAAUGUGACACAGAAAUGGAAGUAGAUUCAAGUCAGUUAAGGCGUCAACUGUGCGGUGGCAGCCAAGCAGCUAUCGAAAGAAUGAUCCAUUUUGGAAGGGAAUUGCAAGCAAUGAGUGAGCAACUAAGAAGAGAAUGUGGCAAAAACACAGCAAAUAAGAAAAUGCUCAAGGAUGCUUUUAGUUUACUUGCAUAUUCGGAUCCCUGGAGCAGCCCUGUUGGAAACCAGCUUGACCCGAUACAAAGAGAACCUGUGUGCUCUGUGCUUAAUAGUGCAAUACUAGAGACUCACAACCUGCCAAAGCAACCGCCGCUUGCCCUCGCGAUGGGACAAGCAUCACAGUGUCUAGGAUUGAUGGCUCGAUCGGGAAUUGGAUCCUGCGCGUUUGCCACAGUGGAAGAUUACCUACACUAGCUAUGCAUUUGAAGAUCUGAAAGGUGUUGUGGCAUAUUCGACAUGGAAAGUAGACCAGCUCUGCUGACUGGAAUUUGGGAUUUUAAUUAUGUACUAAGGACAAGUCUGUCGCUUUAUGUUGCUUCCUAGUUUACAGCAUGAUGCAAAUGAUUUCUAACUUAGUGUUAGGAGAAAAUUUCCAUCUUUAAACCUCUUAGACAACUAAGAGUGGAAAAUAUCACUGAUAACGUCAGCCAUCCAAAUUGACAAUUACAAAUCCUCUGAACGAUUGUCCAAAACAAACCAAAAAUCCUGGUACCUUGUGGUGGGACAGAAAAAUAGCAAAUGUGGAUGUGUUAGCAUAUGGGCGAUACAAAUGUCAAGCAGGAUGACUUGCCAACCUCCACCCCCAUUGUUACAUAGUUCAAUCAAUGUAAUUUGCAAAAUGCAUAAACACCUGAUGGUUUGGAUAUAUAGUGUUGAUGGGAAGAAAUGAUAUUUUUUAAUGUGUACUGUAAAACUUGAAUUACUCAGGAGCUGAGUGAAUAUGUUUGUUGCUACUUACAAUCCCAACCUGUUGAUCUUAGUAGUUUUUUUGUUUUAACAUGGUCUUUUCAACUUUGUUUCCUUGUUUAACUACAGACAGCUUCUGUUGUGUAGACUCACCAGUUUAACUGUUGUAUUAUAACAGUAUUACAUGUCAACACAGUGUGGUUAUGACCUAUUUAUAUAAAAACCAAAUAUUUAGUCAAUUUACAGUCUUAAUUUAAUCUUUGUACACCUUGCAUUUUUAAAAGUGCUUAAAUAGUACUAUAUUGCAAUAAAAUGUAGUGAUAUCAUAAUUAA